UCUACGGUUCACUUAACUGUCGACAUGUCUGAAUUACCGGAUUACAUGAAAGUUCUUAUCAAAGAAGAGGAGAAACCAUCGUAUGUGUACAAAGAAAUUCCUGUUCCACAACCAGGAAACGGCGAAUUACUCGUAAAAGUUCUUAAAGUCUCUAUAUGUGGUUCGGAUAACAUAUUGUAUCAAUGGGAUGAAGCUGCAAAGGCAAUAGCAAUGCUACCUUUCAUCCCUGGUCAUGAGUGUGUUGGAGAGGUAGUGAAGGUUGGUCCUGAUUGUGAGGGAAAAUUUUUCAUUGGGCAGCGUAUUUGUUGUGAAAAUCACUUUUAUUGUGGAAAGUGCUAUCAGUGUUUACAUGACUUACGCCACAUUUGCCAGAACUUGAAUCAGUUUGGCCAUGGAAGAGGAACAAUCUAUGGAGGUUGUGCUCAGUAUACCAUUAUUCCAGCAAGAUACUGUUACCAGUUGAAAACAAACCUUGAUGUGGACAGGGCUUGCCUAUUGGAACCAUUUGGUGUGGCGCAUCAAGCAAUGGAAGAGGUUUGUCCAACAGGAGACAGUGUACUCAUUCAAGGGUGUGGUCCUAUUGGCUUAAUAUCAGCUGGGAUUGCCAAGAGCAUGGGUGCUGUCAAAAUAAUUGCCACAGAUAUUGUGGAGGAAAGACUUCAAAAAGCAAAGCAAAUGGGUGCAGAUGUAUUAGUUAAUGGGAAGAUGGAAAAUCUCAAAGAUAUUGUUAUGAAAGAAACAUCAGGUGAUGGCAUUGGUUGCCUUGUUGAGUGUUCUGGAGCAGCGCCAUUAGUAAACAACUGUUUCUCCCUAUUGAGAAAAGGUGGAAGGGUCGUUCUAGUAGGAUUACUUAAGCAACCUCUUCAUGUAGAAAACUUUCUACAAGAUAUCUUAUUCAAGUCUCUGACAAUGAAAACAGUUCAUGGCAGGAAGAUUUUCAGCACUUGGGAAAAAUCAGAAGAGUUACUGUUUAAUGACAAAGUUGAUGUUACUCCUGUCAUCACUCAUGAAGUACCAAUGAGCCAGUUUGAACAAGCUUUUGACUUGCUGAAAUCUGGGAAAGGAUGUAAGAUCAUGGUUAAUCCACACGCCUAAAGAACUGGAUGGGCAAUUGUUAAAUUAUCGUUUGUUAAUUAUAAAUAGAAUUGGUAACAUGUUAGGAGAAUACUAACUGAUUCAAUGGAAAAAUUAAAAAAUGUACAUAGGGACGUAUAAGUAUGACGCAAUUAGACGGAGUUCGACUGGUGAAAAACACUCGUCAAAAAAGUCUAAAUCCAUAUGGGAAUAGGUAAAUAGUGAUUUACCAAGUAAAACGGCGCGAAAUCCGUGCGAAAUAGAAAACGGCGCGAUAGACCCGAUCCAAACCUCCCUCGUGUUUUUAUUCCUCCUUUAAUAUCGCGCCUGGAAUGGCUGGGACAGGAUAUGACAUGCAGUGUUCAAUCUACAUUUGGCGGAAUGAAAACCGAAUCGAGUCACAUAUCAUUCAAAUAUUACACUUAGAGACAACUCGCUUAACAAUAGCAGGACGAAUAAAGAACUUAAAUAAAAUAAAAAGAAGAAUUUUCUAUCGAA